CUUCUCCACAGACUCACCAUGGCAGUUGAGAGGAUCCAUGCCCGUGAGAUCCUGGACUCCCGUGGGAACCCCACCGUUGAGGUGGACCUCUACACACACAAAGGCAUGUUUCGAGCAGCCGUCCCUAGUGGAGCAUCCACUGGUAUCUACGAAGCGCUGGAGCUGCGCGACAAUGACAAGUCACGUUUCCUUGGAAAAGGGGUCCUGCAGGCCGUGGAUCAUAUCAACAGCACUGUCGCCCCAGCUCUCGUGGGCUCUGGCCUCUCUGUUGUGGAUCAAGAGAAGAUAGACAAUCUGAUGCUUGAGAUGGACGGCACGGAGAACAAAUCCAAGUUUGGCGCCAACGCUAUCCUGGGAGUUUCACUGGCCGUGUGCAAGGCAGGAGCUGCAGAGAAGGAUGUGCCCCUGUACCGGCACAUUGCUGACCUGGCCGGCAACUCUGAUCUCAUCCUUCCUGUGCCAGCUUUCAACGUGAUCAACGGAGGCUCCCACGCAGGCAACAAACUGGCUAUGCAGGAGUUCAUGAUCCUGCCUGUGGGAGCUGAAAGCUUCCGUGAUGCCAUGCGCAUCGGGGCUGAAGUCUACCACAACCUCAAGAGCGUCAUCAAGGAGAAGUAUGGCAAAGAUGCUACCAAUGUGGGUGAUGAGGGAGGCUUUGCCCCCAACAUCCUGGAAAAUAGCGAAGCUCUGGAGCUGCUCAAGGAAGCUAUUGACAAGGCGGGCUACACAGACAAGAUCGUCAUCGGAAUGGAUGUGGCAGCCUCCGAGUUCUACCGUGACGGCAAAUACGACCUGGACUUCAAGUCCCCAGAUGACCCAAGCCGCUACAUUUCUGGAGAUGAGCUGGGCGACCUCUACCAAAGCUUUGUACGUGAUUACCCAGUGGUCUCCAUUGAGGAUCCCUUUGACCAGGAUGACUGGGAGGCCUGGUCUAAGUUCACUGCCAAUGUGGGGAUUCAGAUAGUGGGAGAUGACCUGACAGUGACAAACCCCAAGCGCAUCGAGCGAGCCGUUGAAGAGAAAGCCUGCAACUGCCUCCUGCUCAAAGUCAACCAGAUUGGCUCUGUCACAGAGGCCAUCCAAGCCUGCAAGUUGGCCCAGGAGAAUGGAUGGGGUGUGAUGGUGAGCCACCGAUCUGGGGAGACUGAAGACACCUUCAUUGCUGAUCUGGUUGUAGGACUGUGCACUGGGCAGAUAAAGACGGGUGCUCCCUGCAGGUCUGAACGCCUGGCUAAAUACAACCAGCUCAUGAGGAUUGAGGAAGAGCUUGGCGAUGAAGCGCGCUUUGCCGGACACAACUUUCGCAACCCAAGUGUUCUUUGAACAUUGUCCCCAGGGCACAGCCACCCUGCUGCUCUUUCCCAC